AUGAACAGUACACCACCCACGUCUCCCUUCACUGAAGUUUCUGAUGGUGCAUUUCCAUCUAUAAGCAAGAAUAGUAAGGACUUUACUUAUCAUCUACCGCAAAAACGUAAUACUACCUCUGCGUCCUCACACCUGGUGUCCCCCGUAGAGGAGCCAACUGCUAAAUUUAGCGAGGCAUUUCAAAAUGCUUAUUCCACUAAGGUGCCUGUGGCGGGUUCAGAGACGUACUUAAAGAGCGAUUUGAAUAUACUAUUCGCAACCCCUCGAUUCUAUUCUGCAGAUAAUUUGGCUUCGAUGUUCCAUCUUCCCAGGACAGUAGCUGCCUCAGAGUUUCUGGACGAGUUUUUGAUGGGCAUACUACUAGCACCACAGAUGGAUUUUCUGUCUAACUCGGAUUAUACUCUUCCGUCCAACAAACUUGUCGGGCAAGGAGGUUAUUCAUAUGUUUACUCCAUAUCAUCAACCGCUUCCUCAACAUCCAGCCAUGAUUUGAGCUUUGUUCUCAAGUUUGCCAAAUCACAGCACAAGAGCAAAGUGAUUCUGCAGGAGGCCCUGACACUGGCAUACCUUCAAUACGCGAGUCCUUCAACAGGUGACAGUCAUAUCAUACCUUUUUAUGGUUUAACAUACAUUAACAAAUCUCAUUUCAGAAGGUUAAGGUCCAACGAAUGUGUGCCAGGCCUCAUUCUUCCGAGGUAUGAAAUGAAUCUAUACAACUUCAACUCGACAAUAUCGUACAAACUAUCGUUGGGAGGAAAAAGGAAACUAUGGUGGAAAUUGCUGACACAGAUGUUAGACGCAUUAAAAACAUUGAAAGGCAAUGGUAUAAUACACGGCGAUAUAAAAACAGCAAAUAUUCUAAUAACAGAGACACCAAUUCUUGAUGAAGGCAACUGCGACAAUUUCGAUUUCUAUCUGGCCGAUUUCACUUCGGCGUUUCACAUCAGUCAACUGCCUACCGACCUGAAUACCACAGUAGAGUAUUGUGCACCAGAGUUAAUUGAUAACUCUUCAGAUCAUGUUCCGACAUUUGAAACAGACUUCUACGCUGUGGGACUUUGUCUCUUGUCAUUCAUCUCCCAGCAUGAACCCUAUAAUGAACUUCAAGCAUUAGUAUCGCAUGGAUCCUCCCCAGGCAUUGGCAGUUCAUCUAUACAGCAGUCGCAGUGGUUAAUAAAUGUUCUUCUCAAGAAAGAUCCUAUAAAUUUAAACAUGUUGAGAAGUGACCUGUUCCAAGACUGGAAGUUAGAACUAGCACUAUUGUCCAAAGUUUUGGUAGGAAGACUUUCAUUAGAGAAUUUUAUAGCUAUACUUGAAAAUGAUUAUGUAUGA